AUGACCCAGCUUCCAGAAAAACAAACAGCCCUCACCUUUGGCGAAGAUGGCAACUUGCAUGUCUCUCACGAAGCCCAAGUGGCCCAACUAAAACCCGAUAUGAUCAUUGUGAAGACGGCAGUGGUGUCGGUGAAUCCUGUCGACACCAAGAUGGAAGCCGGAUUCUCCAAGCCCGGGCUAAUUGGAGGGUGCGACUUUGCGGGGGUUGUUGUGGCGGUGGGCUCAGGGGUUAGGAGGAACGUCAAGGUUGGAGAUCGAGUUAGCGGAGCCGUGAUGGGAUCAGAUCCUCUUGACCCUUCUUCAGGGGCCUUUGCGACCUAUGUUAGCGCCCCGGCGGAUAUUACACUCACCCUUCCCGAAAGCGUGCCCUGGUCCAUUGGCGGGGCUAUGUCCACCAUCUGGUUCACUGCUGGUCAAGCUUUGUUCCAAAAUCUCUUGUUAGAGCUUGAUGUCUGGCCGGUACUCCGGCCCGCUAAGGAGCCAAAGACCGUUCUUGUGUAUGGAGGGAGCACUUCAGUGGGCACAACAGCAAUCCAGUUGCUCAAGCUUGCAGGACUCCGGCCGAUUGCGACAUGCUCACCCAAAAAUUACGAACUAGUCAAAAGCUACGGUGCUGAGGAGGUGUUCGAUUACCGCUCGCCGACGUGUGCGGAAGAAAUCAGAAAGGCGACAGGGAACAACCUAAGAUAUGCUCUUGAUUGUAUCUCGACGAAAGGCUCGAUUGACAUAUGCUAUGGUGCCAUUGGCCGCGCUGGUGGGCACUACACCUCCCUAGACCCCUUCUGGGAGUCAACAGCUAGCACAAGGAAGGCCAUCAAGGCUACCUGGAUUGUGGGAAUCUCCAUGCUGGGCAAAGAUAUUGCAUGGCCGCCACCGUACGAGAGGCCCGGAAGCGCGGAGACAAGGGCAUUCGGAGGGAGGUUGGCUCAGGUUCUCCAGAAAAUCCUCGACGAGAAGAAGAUGCGGCCUCAUCCUCUGAGGGUUAAAGAAAAGGCAGCAUGGGAGGACGUGCUUGCCGGUCUAGACGAGGUGAAAUCAGGGGCGGUAUCAGGCGAAAAACUUGUCUUCGUGUUUUAA